AUGGCAGGAGCUUUGAAGGGUGAGCAUGCGCAGGGAGCGCAGUAUGCCUGCACUCUUCAUGACUUGGCAGCCCAGGUCUUCGUGGUGCGUCAUGCGUCUGACUUGAGUGCGGCGGUCUUCCGCUUGGCGCAGCAUGCUUUGUCUCUGCCUUUGGCCCCAAAGGCUCCAAUUAAUGCCGAGGUGAUGGCAGCGGCUUGUGCUUCUGUUGCAGGCUUGGCCGAGCUCGAGGCACAGCCGCUCAGCCCGUUAACUGCACAAGCAGCUGCCAGCUGCAGUCACUGCAGUCACUGCUGUCACUGGAGUCCUUUUCCUGAGCUCGUCGAAUCGUCGAGUCGACCCACCCUGCCGCAACUGCCGCGCCACCAACGCCAGACUGGGAAGUCUCAUGUGCUCCGUGUGCUCGAGGACACGCGACGAGCAGCAAACGCAUCAAACCUUGCUGUGCAGAUGACCUUGGACUUGUCACUCUUUGCCACUCAAGUCGUUGAAACAUGCUGA